UUCGUUUUCAGUCGGAAACCGAGACGAGUCAAGGAUGGAGGAGGAGGCACGCAAGCUUCUCGAGGAAGGGAUAAGAAAGAAAUUGGUCAGUCCCGGUAAAGGAGAGCUGUCGACUUUUCCAAAUGGAACAAAGGUGGUUUUCCAUUAUCGCACCAGCCUGUGUGAUGGCACGGUGCUGGAUGAUUCCAGGACCAUGGGGGAUUGCAGCAAACCCAUGGAGCUCAUCUUGGGCAAGAAGUUUAAACUAGCUGCUUGGGAGAGAGUGGUCAUCACCAUGAGACAAGGCGAGGUUUCAGAAUUUACCUGCGACACCAAGCACACAGCACUCUACCCGCUAGUGUCACAGUCCCUGAGAAACAUCAGUGCUGGUAAAGAUCCCCUGGAAGGCCAGAGACAUUGCUGCGGCAUUGCCCAGAUCCACUCCCACCACUCUCUAGGGCACAAGGAUCUGGAUCAGCUUCAGGCCAGUCCACAGCCUCUCGUCUUCACUAUCGAGCUGCUGGAGGUUCUGCCUCCGGGAUCUUUCCAGCUCGAUGUUUGGGCUAUGACAGACAAAGAGAAACUCGAGCUUGUACCUCAGAUCCAUGAGGAGGGCAACAUGCUUUUCAAACAGGGCCAGGUUAAGGAAGCCUCAGAGAAGUAUUACAAUGGCAUCGCCUGCUUGAAAAAUCUACAGAUGAAAGAGCAUCCUGGAGAUGAAGCGUUGGUAAAGUUGGACCUCAUGAUCACACCACUGCUCCUCAACUACUGCCAGUGCAAGCUGCUACAGGGCCAGUACUACGAAGUCAUCGAACACUGCACGUCUUUGGUCUUCAAAUAUGAGGACAAUGUGAAGGCCUUCUAUAAGCGAGCGAAGGCCCACGCUGCAGUGUGGAACGAGACAGAGGCCCGGGCGGACUUCGCUAAAGUGUUGGAGCUGGACCCGUCUCUGGAACCAUCUGUUGCCAAGGAGCUGAGGGCCAUGGAGGACAGGAUCCGCUCCAAAGAGAAGGAGGAAAAGGGUCGCUACAAAGGGCUAUUCAACAAAACACCUGCCACUGCCACUACAGGUUGAACCUCAAAGUGGCUUGGAACAAGAGGAUGUCUGGUAAUUUCAAGAUGGAGGAGAGAGAGAGAGAGAGACAUUAGACAUUGCUGCUGUUCCAGUUUUAGCCAUGCGCCCAAGCCAAACACUCACACUGUCUGGCUCCCCACACAAUUGCACCAGCAGGUCACACCUAUUAUACCAAUCCUGUUUGUCUGCCUUAUUUAUCUGGUACAAGUCCUUCACUUAAAAUGUUAAUUUCCCGAUCGAUUGCCGAUAUCAUCAGCUUGACUUUAAAGACAGAGACCUGAUGUCCGUCCUGGUCAGCAGCACAACACACUUCAAGUAUCAUCGUCUUCAGUCUCCAAGAAGUCUGGAUUACAUCUACUUAUAUAUAGUCUGUUGUGUUUUCAGACAAUUACGCUAAAUAACUUGCUCUGAGUAAUUGGCCGCAUAUCGAAUGUUAUCUAAGGCAUCAAUAUUCACAGGAAAUGCUGCAGUAAGAUUUUUUUUUUUUUUUCAUAUAAUGAAUGAUGUAUGUAUCUGCAGUUUGUGAAGUCAUUUUAUAGCAACUUAGUAUUUAGCAAACACCAAUUCACCAAUGUAUUUUAAAUGAGUAGCUUUAGCAUUUUUUUUUGUUUUCCGCUUUCUCUGGAAAUGUGCAGAGCUGUUGGAUUUCCUGAAAAAACACUUGCAAUCGUAAGCCUAAAAAAUAAAAACCAAACAGAAAUGCGUAGAAUUGAGAAACCCCUAAAUAUAUAUUAUAUUUGUUUUUGCACAAGGGAAAUCAUGAACACUCUCACACAAACCUCUGCCUUGAAUCAUUAGACGCCCUUUUUCGAUUCUCUGGUCACUGCAGUGGCACUGGAAUACACAUUAGACCAUUACUUCCUCCUGGGGACGCAGAGCUGACUGUGACAAUCACUUUAUAACACACAUGGGCUUGUGUUACUUUGCUUUCUCCUUUGUACCACCUUCAUAUAUGUUAUACUUCAAUUGUGUUGUUUUUGGUUCUUCAAAACCCUCAGCGUCUCCUUCACUUGUUAAGAGCUUCUUGUAACGUCUUGUUGAAGGGAAGUACUUUUUGAGUAUGUGCGGCAGAGCUAGCUGAAUCUGUGUACGCUGAGAUGUUACCGAGGCUGUGAUUAUGUAAUUGAAAAAUAAAUGUUAAUCCCGA